AUGAACUUGGGCCCAUAUGUGAGUUGGCCACAAAGCAUAUACAUACAUACAUAUUUGUAAUUGCAUUAUGUCUAUUUGUGAUAUGUUUGAUUCCGUUUAAAUAUUUUCAGUUUUCCUUCCCCAAGCUAUUCUUGUGCGAAAACAUACAAACGCAUUCAUUUUAACAUCUGGUGGCUUACAUUUGCUGUUGGAAAUGGUUUGACUAACAUGUCCAACCAACAAGUGUGCAUGAGUAACCGAUAACCACAGCAAGAGAGAGAGCAUCAAUGUUUUAGAGGCUGCCGUUGCAGCUGCGGCUCCCCGCCUCCAAGACAGACAGAGAGGCACAUGAAGCAAUAGAUGAGAGCAGGAGUAAUUUCCUGAGGCAGAGUAAGAGCUUUGGAUAAGGUCUUUCCGAUUUUUCUUUUAAAGUAAUUUGCACUCAUUUCAGUGCCAGUACUAUCAGCCUUUUUAUGUAUUCAUGUGACCCAAAUGUGACCCAAUAAUAGCACAUGGUUUAUCAUAGCACAACGUUAUAGAAUUGGGAAUUGACAAUCCGCAGUCUGAUGUGAAAUGCAAACAUUCUCAUAACUAUUUUAACAAAUGUGUUUUAUAAAGAGUUGAUUCUGAUUGGUCAAUUAUGGUAUUCAGGCAUACAUUAGCAUUAUAUUUUGUGUCCAAUUCUGCAUUUAUUUUGCUUCAGCGUCAUGUAGGACCACGUAGCCCAACAUCAAGAAGAGUUGGGGACAUAUAUAAUAUUAAUAAAUGGAAAUUGACUACAUACGUGUUCAAUUGGACUUCCGGUUUUGGCAGAAAAUCCCAGAUAUAAUUAUUAUAAUUUUCUUCUCAGUAUGGGGAAUGUCUUUUUUGAAUCAGUUUUCAAUUCAACAAGCCAUGCAUUUGUGUUGUUUAAGGGUAAAAAAAAGCGCAGGCCUAACCAGAGCUUUUUCCAAAUUGAUCCAGAGUACCUGAAACAUGAAAACCAAGGGUCAGGUCUGGUUAAAGAUUAUAUGCAUUGGGGUACACCUAUGGCCAGGAGGUUCCGCUCCCUGAAGUUGUGGUUUGUGUUCCGCAUGUACGGGCUCAGAGGCCUCCAAGCUUUCAUCCGUAAGCAUGUGGAAUUGGCCAAAACAUUUGAGAAUCUGGUGAGAGGCGACAACAACUUUGAGAUCUGUGCUGAAGUAGUCAUGGGACUAGUUUGCUUCAGGCUGAAGGUUUCGGAUGAGCUGAACAAAGCCUUGCUGAAACAAAUCACCAGGACGGGGAAGAUCUACCUGGUGUCCUGCAAGCUCCGCGGACGUUUUGUUCUGCGCUUCGUCGUCUGUGGGCGGACCACCGAGCUGCGCCAUAUCCAAGAGGCGUGGAAGCACAUCACCGAGCUGUCCAGCGAGCUCCUGCAGAACCUCUUUGAUCAUGAAGGAAAGGAAAACUGACCAGUCAGGAUAGGGAAUAUGACAUCAUUGUUGCCAAAAAACUGGCAGAUGCAUUUUCAACCAGAACAGACCCAUAUAUAUUCACAGCAUUUCUCUCACAUAGCCAAGGUGCCUAUGCCAUUUUACCUACAUACCUUUACCUACCCUUUACCUUACCUACAGCUCAUUUUAUGUAAGGCUGCGAACAUGGAUCCAUAACGCAAUUUAUAUUUGCUUCAUGAUUUCCGUUGUCAUCUUCAUCUUUUGGGUGUGCGGUAAUCAACUGAACAGGCUUGGGUUGACUUUUAUAUUUACUGUGUUGCAAUUGUAAUACUUGUUGGCUUCUGUGGCGGGGUGUGUUUAGUAGGUCUGAGUCUUUAUUGAAUUGAACACUUUUUGGGGGGGCCGUCUCAUUUAUAACCGUUGCGUACGCACAAAACAGGGCUGAAAUUGGCGUACGUGACUUUCCACGCCAAGGUUGUGAUCUAUAAAAAAACAACUUGACGGGAAAAUGUGCGCAGCCCUAA